GUGGUACAGUCCAGGAACUCAAAACAUUUUGCGGGAAGCUGUGAGGAAACUACGAGCAGCGGAUUGUUUACAAAGUGGAACCUGAUAUUAAAGCUGCAGUUCUUCAACAUGAGUGCCACAAACGGCAGAAGAGCCAAGGCCCCCCCAGAGAGUCAAAAAGCUGCGUCUGUGGAUCAAGCAGAGCCUCCCAACCUGUCUUUCAUAGACAAAGCUUCCUUCAUGGAGGGGCUGCAGCUAAACGAUGGUAACCCUCUGCACAGUACCGCCAUGGAGGAAGAUUUAAACGUCUUAGUGGAGGGACAGAUGGACAAAGGAAAAGCAGGAAGAGGGGACGAUCAUCAGAUGUUGAAGAAGAAACAGCGUGGAGCUGCGGUGAGGAGGGAGGUCACAGAGACGGGAGGCGAGAAAAGGAAGAUAAGUAGGAGAAAUCCUGCAGAGAAGUUCAAAGCCAGACCUGAGAAAGGAGCAAAAGGGGAGAAAAAAAAGGGAGAACCUGAACCGGAAGUCCCCGCCACUGCUGAGUCUGACACCAGCGUCACCCCCCACACAAGCACCAAACCUCCCCCAAAGGCCAACAUUCGCAGACAAGUAAUUGCGAAGAGGAGGAGUGCUGGAAAGACCUCUGCAUCGAGGCCAUUGAAAAAGCAGCAGAUGAAGGACAUGAAGAGAAAGAAUGAAUCAGACCGUGGAAACUCCAUUGACUCUGAAUCACAGCAGGAAUCGAACACAGGCCAGCACAGCCGUAGUAGAGUCCUGUCCUCUGAUGAGGAGGUGGACGAAGGCACAUAUUGGAAGCCAAGUCCAAAGAAGGCCAGAGUAUUUAAUUUGGGCAAAAGCAGAAAGUCUUCACCUGUUCGGUCCCAACCCAGAAAGUCUUCAUCAGGCAGCGCAUCUGCAGUAGCUGAUAGUUCCAACACCGAUAAAAAGAAGAGCAAGAGACGUGGUCGUCAGGCAACAACAGAUUUAGAGGUGGUGCUGGAUGCCUUCCUCGAUUUCUGUGACGAGGACAGGGAGUCUGUGGCGUCUAAAUCUGUCAAACAGUCCAUCGAUUCCUUCUCCUCCAAUGUGAAAGAGCAAAUCCUGGAAAAGGUCUCGACAUACAAGGAGCUCAGGGUUCUAAAGAGAGAAAAUGCCAAGGUGGCUUCUUUGAUAAGCACAAAGACAAAGAGACUGUUGGAUGCCAAACAUGAGCUGAUGAGAGCAGAGAGACAGGUGACGCUGCUACAAAAGAAGGAAGCUGAACUUGAGCUCCGUUUAGAUGAUCUGAGACGAAGCCGUGCCUUCCUCCAUGACAUCAGAGACCUCAACCAGCAUUAUCUAGACUACCGACAACAACACCCCAAAGAGCAAGAGAUGUACGGGGCGUCCAGCUUACCAGCUCUGCUGCUGGAGAGGAAGCAUGUUCAGGCAGCAGAGCAUCAGCUGAAAACACUCAAUGACCAAAUGGAACAGAGGCUGAAGAAGAGUGAGACUUGUAAUUAAUACACUAUAGAAUAUUGUCAUACACACACUCAAAGCAUAUAUGUUGUAUAUACAAUAUGAGCUGUACUAAAACUACUGGAUUUUUAAGGCCAGAAGCAGCUCGACAUUUUGAUUUACACUCCGUUAAACCGCCAUCAUUUUGUCCACAAGUGGCUCACUGUUUAUUUACAUGUUUAAAAGUAUUAAUAGCAUAUUUCCUGUCUUUGUGUCAUAUGAUCUGUACAAACAGGAUGUACAUCAAUAGGUUUCCUUUCUUGACAUAACAUUAAAGUUCUACUUUCAUGUGAUGUUGAAAUGCCUUAAGUAUAAAAAUAAAUUUAGACUAACAUACAAACCUA